UAGAGAUUGGAUUGUUUAAGGAGAAAACGAUGUUGAUGGUUUAAAGAAUGGAGAAUGGUGAGCUGAGAGAGGUUUAGUGAUAAUGUGAAAACAGUGACAUAGUUUCAGCCAUCUGGCUCCAUUUAUAGGAUUUACUAUCUUCUUCCAUCAUAGUUCAGGAGCGAAAAUGAAGAUCUCCGACCCCCUCGGAAAGGUUUAUACUCACACAAUGUUUAAGAAGAAGAGUUAUGAUAUCCCUCGCAAUGAGGUUGAGCAGGACCAAGACGAGAGUGACGAAGAUGCAAUCAGUGAGGCCUCUGAGCAAUCAGACGAUUCUCUUUCUACCAGAUCCUCCAGAAUCGUCCCGAGUCGAAGGGGAUCGUCAAGGCAUCACAAGGACGAUGUGGAACAACAGGACAGAGAGGAUGCAAUAUCCUACGCGUCUCGUCAGAAGGACGGCCGAGGAAGAAAAGAUAAAAAGUUUGGUUUGGAAAACCUCGGUCCUCCAGGGACCUCGUAUUCUCUCUGGUCAACUCAACGAUCCUUGCAACGCGAUCAUCGGAGGAAGUUCAACCGAUCUUUGUGUGGAGUUUUGCUGGGCAUAAGUAUCGUUCUUGUAAUCCUUGGUAUUCUCGGGAUUAUUGGGAUUGCUGUAUACCUCGGAGUGGUUCAGAAGAUUGAGGAUUCAGGCAGAGAUCUUGUAUCCAUAGACGGAGCGUUUAGGGUUGUAUCAGAGGAUUUCUCCAUCUCCCUUCUCAACCCAACCUCAGUUAGGUACAAGGAGAACUCCAAGAAAUACUCCGGUAUUAUCGAGAGAACGUAUAAAAAGAGUUUGCUCCAAGAGUCCUUGGUUAGUGUGAUUAUCGAUGGGUUCAGCUCCGGUAGUGUCAAAGUGUUUUUUAAAAUCAUUCUUGAUAAAAAGAAGUUGCCAGGACGAACUGCGGAGGACCCCGUCCUCUCUGCCAAGGACGUUUUUAUCCAGGAAGUAAUGACACUUGAAAACAGUGAGUUUGGCAGUGAUACGAUAGAUCUUGAUAGUAUUGAGUUUUCUCUCUCUGCAGUUCAAGAUAUUACAAAGAAAUAUUUAGAUCCUGAACCACUUCAGGGGGAUGAGACUAGUUCACCUCUAUCAGGUUCUUUAUGGCAAAACCUUGCUCAGUCUUCAAGAGUAUCCACGGAGAAACCUGUAAGUUCUAGCUCUGAAAGAAUAUCCUUGUCAUGGCAGGGACAGGAUAGGGUUGAAUCAGCUCCUCCAGAGACAGUUAAACAGGAAGUUGUCUCCAACAACGGCUGGACACUACCCAAGUAUCCUUCUCCUCAAACAUAUGGACAAUCCAGAAGUAAUUUGAUUUACAACCCAACCUUUACCAACUUUGCUUCCGCUAACACACCUGUUCUACUCAAACCAAAUGAUGGGCGAAGUAUAAUAUUUGAGUCGGAUACUAAUCCGUCCAGUAGAUAUGAUUCAGGUUUCAAAUCCUCAUUAUACUCCUCAACUCCUUCAGCAAGACCAGUGUAUCCAUCUCCGAAUCCGUCCUACAAGAUGAACCGAAGAAUCGACUCCGGAUUUGAGACUGAUAAACUGAUGUCAGAGUAUUUAGAGGCUCCACCUCCUCCAACUGAGUACACGCCAGACAUAAUUCUGGCCGAGGAGGAACCCAUCUCAGAUUUACAACAGCUCUUCCGUCAGCGGAGCAGAGAUUCUAUGAGUUCGUUGCGAUCCUCAGAAAGGCCUGAACCUGCUCCAAUUCCAUCCCAAGAUUUAGGAUGGGGAGGUUUUCUCAACCGAAGAAUAGAUACUGCUCCUAGUUCAGUGGAUGUAAAAGAUAGUUUCUGGAAUGUUAUGGAGAAGCGAAUCAAGGAUACAGAAGAGAGAACAGAACAAGUGAAUAAACCUAUCCAGAGUACGUCCCAACCUAGUCUGAGUAUUGAUGAAAAUCUUCUCCAGAUGCAAGAGGAACUAGAAAGACUAAUUGCUCUAGAGGCUAAGAACCAGAAGCAGCGGCAAAUGGAAAAGAUGAUUCCUGUUGAGAAAAGAAACCCUGGCUUAUCCUGGAACUCACGGAGAAAUAAUCCUGAAUCUGUUGUUAUCAACAACCUCGGAUCCUCAGGUAUGAAACCUAUCACACCCCGUCACUCCGCUACACCCUCAACCUCUCCAGGACCCAACUUCCUUGAUGUGUUGGUUCCUGAAGGACAAAAUGAAGGAUUUUUCGGAGUUGGAAGUUCUCUAUCAUUCGAUUCUAAACCUGCUCCUUCCCGCGGAAGUAUUCAAUCUUCACUUGUCAAUAGAGUUCCUUCUAUACACCAGGAGCAGGUCAUUACUCCAUCCAACUCUUAUGGAGCGGAUCCAAAUAUAAUUUAUCCGAACCAGAUUACUCCAGGUACCCCUCUACUACAGGGACCCCAAGGACCAAUUAUCUCUACUCCAAGACUACCUAAUUACACUGUUCCACAAACGCCUGAUGCUCCGAUCAUGCAGGGCUCUGAUUAUUCAUAUAAUAGGGUAAACAAUGUCCAGAGGAGUCGUGAGUCAAUCCUAUCAGGGAACCAGUAUAAGGGCCAAUUUGGAGUAAAUCCAAUCCUCCGAUCCAGUACUCAACCUCCGAGAAGAUCUCCACCCACCCAACUAAACCAGGGGAGAACACAGGAUUUAAACCGGAGAAUAGAACCUGCGUCAGAGAGACAGAAAGCUGCACGGAGACAAGAUAUUAUUGGAGGCCUUCUUCCAGCAGCCAUAGGUUUAUCUAGCUCCGUAGGUAUUAGUCCUGUCGGAAUAUUCUCCAAUCUUCUCAAUGCAUACGCAACCAUUGAUAGCAAACAUGAUAUCACAGGGAAACUUAUCAAUGGUGCUGCGACAUGGUUUCAGGGCUCGGAAGAAAAUCAGGAAGCUUCAGAUCAAGAUUCAACAACAACAACAACAACAACAACAGAUGCAUCAACAUCUUCAUUAAAUUCUAAAACUUUAAACGUUGAAACAUCCACACCAACUCCAACUAUUACAACAACAGCUACAACAUCUACAACAACAUCUUCUCCAUUGAAGUAUACUCCAACAGCAAUCAACGUUAGGGUGACAGAUAAGAUUUCAACCUUCUCCUACAGCUCAGAAGAUGAGAAAGAAUACUACUCAUUGCUCCAGAAAAUUAGAUCCGGGAUAGAUUUAGACUCGGAUGAAUCCGCCGACAAUUCUGAAUUUGACUCCGAGUACGACGUAGUUUAUGAUAUUCUGCCAGCCAGAUCAAACCUUGGAAUAGAUAUUCCUCUCCGUCCUAAACCCCCUUCAGAGGAUAUAGUUCAAGUUUCUCCUUCUCCUGUCAGAUACAACAAUCCGUCAGAGCAGUAUGGAGUAAACAAUCCAAACUGGUUUAGCAAUAAUGUACCAUCCUCCACCCCUGGAUAUGGUCCAGAUGAUUUUGUUGUUGAAACUGUAAACCUAGAUAAGAACUUCUUCUACCAAUUCUUCACUUCGAAACCAAUGAUUCUUGAUACAGACGUGGUAACCUCAACCAGUGUCAAGGAAUCCUAUGCUCCCUACUAUCCAACCUCAGACAAACUACCAAUGAAACGAGGACGGGAAACUCUCUCAAACCUUCCGGAGCAUAUAGUCGGUCAGGAUCUACUCCCGGAGCAUAUUCUCAAGAGAACCGGAGAACUUGAAUCUGAUACCCUAGAUGAACCCUCUCCGUCACUUCCGGAGAUAAUAAACAAAUCCUCACAGUUUAAACGAUACAACGUUCCCCCUGAGGUUCGAAUAACCCACGGGGUUCAGAUUCCGAACUAUAGAUCGUUAUCAAACGAACCAUUUCAAACUGAAAAUCUAAGCGAAUCAGAAAAAAGUUCGCCUGAGGACUCCGACAGCGAAGAAAAUGUUUAAAUUUUAAAGAAAAAAACUCUGGCUAUACAUUGCCUAACCUUAUAUGAAAAUAACUUUUUAAUUAUGUUUUAGGAUUUUUUAUUUGUUAUCAUCUGACCUAAAUGACUUUUUUUGUCUUCCA